ACACAGCCAAUAGAAAGAGAGAAUUUUAAUCAAGGUCAUCUGGCUUAAAAACCUAUGCUCCAAACUCCGCUUGCCAUUCCUGACACAUAAAUCCCCCUGGUGGAAACAAAUCCUUUCUCUGGAGAUCUACUAUUCAGGACCUUUGGGGGAGAGCCAAGAAUUCUGAGAAAUCUCAAAAUUUCUUUUCCUAAACCCAAGAAACCCCAAAGUAAAUCUAGCUCUCAAGCCCCUCCCCCACCUUCAGACUUCCCUCUGGGGACACAAAAGACCUGGCUAGAACACUUCUCCCUCCUCUCCCUAACCCUUCAGACUGGAUGGUUUUGAGCCCUGCAAGGCAAAACCCAACAGGGGCUAACAAAGAAGUCUGGAUUGUGAGCCUCAGAGAUGGAGGGAGUGGGGUGGACUUUGAGAAGUACCAGGCAAAGGAAAAUGCAACUCUCUAUUACCCACAUAACAGUGACCUAAAGUGCCUGCCAAUGACCCCCUUUUAUUUGAGAGCCACCCUUUAACACUAUCUUAAAACCUCUGAUCUCUCUGUUUCCCCACCAAGCUUCCCAGCAAGGCCGUUGAUCUGAAGAGGAAUUUCAUCUCUAACCUUUGCUCCAGGCCUGGCAGGCAGCUCAUAUGAGUAACCCACUGUCUCCCAACUUUGGCCCAGGGACACUUCUUUCCCCAAACAAACCAACCUCCCCUCACAUCCCCCACUCUGUACUUUCACUGACUAUGUGUUGGCGACUUCUGCCAAGUUCUACCUGUAACUGGCUUAAUCUCUCAAGUCAGAUGUUUGGCUGCUCUGCAACAAGGAGUCAUGCCAGCUGGACACACUCUCCUUCCCAGGCCCCUGACAGCUAGGAGGGAACCCAGACCACAGCUUUUAAGACCCUGAGCCCCAGGUUUGUGGCUCUGUCUCGACUGUGUCACUCAAGGAGGGCAUCCCUCAGCAAUGAUCUCCUCAUUGCUCCUGGCUUUCUUAUUCCUGGCUCUGGCCACAGUGGCCACUCCCAGAGCUGACAGUCAGUGUCUGGCAUGUGGGGAGCCCGCCUUGGACCUGGAGAGCCAGCGGAAGCUGCUUCUCGACCUGGCCAAGAGAAGCAUCUUGGACAAGCUGCACCUCAAACAGCGCCCAACACUGAGCAGGCCUGUGUCCAGAGCUGCUCUGAAGACAGCACUGCAGCGCCUCCACGGGCCCCUACAGGGGGCGCAUCUGGAAGCUGACAAUGGACAGGAAUAUGAGAUCAUCAGCUUUGCUGAGACAGGCCUCUCCAACAACCGGACACAUUUUGAUUUCCACGUCUCCUCCAAUAGAACUGUUGGUGACAUGGAGGUCCAGCAGGCCAGCCUUAUGUUCUUUGUGCAGCUCCCUCCCAAUACCACCUGGACUUUGAAGGUGAGGGUCCUUGUACUAGGCCCACGUGACGCCAGCCUCACCUUGGCCACUCAGCACCUGCUGGAAGUAGAUGCCAGUGGCUGGCAGCAGCUUCUCCUGGGGCCUGAAGCUCAGGCUGCCUGCAACCAGGGACACCUGACCCUGGAGCUGGUACCUGAAGGCCAGGUAGCCCAGAGCUCAGUCAUCUUGGGUGGGGCUGCUCAUAGGCCUUUUGUAGCAGCCCGGGUGAAAGUUGGGGGCAAGCACCGGGUUCGCCGGCAUGGCAUCGACUGCCAGGGUGGGUCCAGGAUGUGCUGUCGACAAGAGUUCUUUGUGGACUUCCGUGAGAUUGGCUGGCAUGACUGGAUAAUCCAGCCUGAAGGCUAUGCAAUGAACUUCUGCACAGGGCAGUGCCCACUGCAUGUGGCAGGCAUGCCUGGCAUUGCUGCCUCCUUUCACACCGCAGUGCUCAAUCUUCUCAAGGCCAACACAGCUACAGGCACUGCUGGAGGGGGCUCAUGCUGCGUGCCCACAGCCCGGCGCUCCCUGUCUCUGCUGUACUACGACAGGGACAGCAACAUUGUUAAGACUGACAUACCUGACAUGGUGGUAGAGGCCUGCGGGUGCAGCUAGCCCAUGUAUGUUACGAGCAGCUCGAGGUGGGAGAGGCAAACAUGCCCCCACAGAGGUGCCCUUCUUGAGAGGAGGAACUGACUCCAUUACUGCCUCUGUCCCGAAGGUGGAAAUUCUCUUUCUGAACAACCCAUGGAAAUUAUCCCAACUUUGACUUGAGGAGAUCUUCAUCUAAGGAGAGUCACUGUACCAUCUUCGCAACCACCAGCCUCUCCCCUAGAGCAUAGUCCAUCCAGCAAGCCCCACACGCUCAACUGCCAUCCCAGAGAUUCUGAUCCACCUCCAACCAUAAGCAGUGCUAUCUGGUUCCCAGGCAGACACCCAUAACCCACCCUUAAUCCACCCCAUAAUCCACUAUGCCUCCCUGCCUUUUCUACUCAAUGGCUCCCACUCUGGAUAAGUUGACUCAGCCUCUUCCCUUGAUUUUCUGGAUCUCCAGAAAGCCUCCUUCUUGGUUCCAGUAAAGAUUUUUUACUUACCCAAGUGGGCUUCUAAGGCUCUCUUGGCACACCCACAUCUAUUCUUUGUCCUUCUCUGCCUUGCUUUAUACCCUUGGGGGCUGACUCACCUGAGCUCCUUUGGCCCCUGCUUCCUGCCAAGUUUGACUAAGGUUAGACAUCGACAGGAAGUCAGGGUAUUUAUUAUUCCUGCUCUUUACGCCUAGGUGCCAUGGUUCUGUGUGACUGUGGCUGUGGCCAUGUCCUACAGUGCCUGCCUAGCUCCCACAUUCCAUGGCUCCAGCUCUGCCUAGGUUCCGAUAUAACUACUUCCAAGAUAGGGGUUUGUACUCUUAUGGCUCUCUACUCUUGCUAGUGUCUGGAUGCUUCAACAUCCCUGUUCCCUUAACCUUGCCCAUACCUAUGCAAAGAAGUCCUUCAUUAAGUCUUCUGAGUGAUGCAAACACAGACGGCUGAGUGGGUCUUUUGUCUCCUGCCAGGACCCUGACUGACACCCCAGAUGAAACAGAGCCUGCCUGUCCUGACCGCUUCUGCUCUCUGCUCACACAGACUCCUUGGGCCUGAGCUAUUGUGUCCAUCCCACACUUCACACUUCUUUGUUAGGUCCCCUCCACCCUCCCAGAACCAUCUUUGCUGGUCACAAGACUAAUAAAGACCGGGGUUCUACCUG